GACAGCCAGAUCGACAGAAACGACACAGGAACGAGCCAACUCUCGUCAAAUACGCAGUACAGACGCCAACAAACGAUUCAUGAGGUUCGGCCGCUCCGCCACUUCCGCUUUUGUGACCCAGCAGGAGGCUGAGGUCAAGGACGCAUUGAGGAAAAGGUCAGUCGAGAACUUGGACAACGAGGUCAAACGAGCGAUGUGGAGCAACAACCCUCAGAUGACGCGUUUGUCCAAAAGAGGUCACCCAGAGUUCAUGCGAUUUGGGCGGAGUCAAGGAGACGAGACAGAGGACGACGAAAUUGGCGGAGAUGACGUCAUCAGUUUGGGGGAAGGUCUAGCACAGAGGGUGCGCCGGGUGUACGAAGACAGGAGUUCACUGCCACGAUUUGGGAAGAGGCAGGAGGUGGAGGAGGAAGAGGAGGAGGACGUUGGGAAGGAGAAGAGGCAGAAGUACAUGCGUUUUGGAAGACGGAGUGAUCCAGAGCAGCAGGCGUCAGCGGAAGUGGGCGGGGCGGAAGUCCCAGACAGUGUGCUCUCUGCCAUGUAGUCACGUGCUCGCUGGGAGGAAAGGAUGCACGCACAACACGCUCUUUGGACGUAUUAUUGCAGCCCGCAGCACAACAUUUUUAUUGUAAUAUUCCAAUGUCUGAGAUAUUAUGCAGCGGUCUUGACACUUAAAGUUCAUUUUUUUUGGUCCAACACAAUACUGUUUAUGCUAGCAGACAAAUACCUGUAAGCUGAUUUGUUUAAUUCCAAUAGAAAAAAAAAUGAAUGGCUGAAAGAAGAAUACGAAAAUGUCCCUUGAAAGGUCUCGCAUUGUUCUGAUAAACAACCAAUUGUGAAUGAUGACGUAACAAACAGAAACACAACUUUCAGAUGAAUAAGGCCUAUUCCAUAAUAAUACAUACGUACAUUUAAUUUUAUAACCUUUCCAAUCAUAAUAUGCGAUAAGAGGAAAACGGUAAUUAUAGAAGAGUUUGUACCGUAGAGCAAACGAAAAGGCAAUGUAUAUUUUAGGUUAGAUAUUUUUUAAAUAGAUACCUGAUGAGAGAGAGAAAGAGAGAGACAGAGAGAGAGAGAGAGA